ACCUCGCUCAACGUCCGGGCUUCGCCUCCGGUGUGCUGCAGCUGCUCGGGCUCGGAGACUCGGGGAUGCUGCUGCAGAGAUGGAGUUGAACCACAAAAAUAGCAAAGUGUCGGAAAGAGUUUGAGACAAAGGGAGGGGGUUUAGCGUUAGUUCUCCGGCUGAACUGACUGCUGGAUGGGGUUUUGUUGAAGAUAAGACCGGAGGACGUUGAAGAAAAAUCGGGUUUGAAAAUGAAGCUGCUGAAGCCGAGCUGGGUGAGCCACAACGGCAAACCCAUAUUUUCAGUUGACAUUCACCCCGAUGGGACAAAAUUUGCAACUGGUGGCCAAGGAGAGGACUCCGGAAAGGUGAUGAUCUGGAACAUGGCACCAGUCCUCAGAGAGGAGGAUGAGAAGAAUGAGAAUAUUCCCAAAAUGCUUUGCCAGAUGGACAAUCACCUAGCAUGUGUGAACUGUGUGCGCUGGUCCAACAAUGGGCUGUACCUGGCAUCAGGAGGAGAUGACAAGCUGGUUAUGGUGUGGAGGAGAGCUGCGUUCAUUGGUCCGAGCACAGUGUUCGGGUCGAGCAGUAAGCUGGCCAAUGUGGAGCAGUGGAGGUGUGUCACCAUCCUGAGGAAUCACACUGGAGAUGUGAUGGACGUGGCGUGGUCUCCUCAUGACAUGUGGCUGGCCUCCUGCAGCGUUGACAACACCAUCGUCAUCUGGAACGCUCGCAAAUUCCCAGAGAUGGUGACAUGUCUGCGAGGACACACUGGGCUGGUUAAAGGUCUGACGUGGGACCCAGUAGGGAAAUACAUCGCCUCCCAGGCCGACGACCACAGCCUCAAAGUGUGGAGGACGGUGGACUGGCAAAUGGAGGCCAACAUCACCAAGCCAUUCAGCGAGUGCGGCGGGACGACCCACGUCCUGCGUCUGUCCUGGUCUCCAGAUGGUCAGUAUCUGGUGUCGGCUCACGCCAUGAAUAACUCCGGCCCCACCGCUCAGAUCGUGGAGAGAGAUGGCUGGAAGACGAAUAUGGACUUUGUGGGCCACCGCAAAGCGGUCACCGUGGUGAAAUUCAACCCAAAGAUCUUUAAGAAGAAGCAGAAGAACGGCAGCUCUCCAAAACCCAGCUGUCCGUACUGCUGCUGUGCUGUUGGCAGCAAAGACCGAUCCCUCUCCGUCUGGCUGACCUCACUGAAGCGCCCUCUGGUGGUCAUCCAUGAUCUUUUCGAUAAAUCAAUAAUGGACAUCUCUUGGACUCUGACAGGUCUGGGGAUGUUAGUGUGUUCGAUGGACGGCACCGUGGCCUAUUUGGACUUCUCACUGGAUGAACUGGGAGACCCGCUGAGCGAGGAGGAGAAGAACAGCAUCCACCAGAACAUCUACGGGAAGAGUCUGGCCAUAACCAGCACUGAGGCUCAGCUCUCCACCACCAUCAUCGAGAACCCCGAGAUGCUCAAAUACCAGCAGGAGCGCCAGAACUCGGCCCAGGCUAACUCAGGACCGGGCAGUGCCGGGCCCGAAUCCUCCGCCCCUAAACUGAACAGUGUGAUGAACGGAGAGUCUCUGGAAGACAUCAGGAAGAACCUUCUGAAGAAGCAAGUGGAGACAAGAACCGCAGACGGCAGAAGACGAAUCACGCCGUUGUGCAUCGCUCAGCUGGACACAGCGGAUUUCUCGCCGGCCCUGUUCAACAGCGUUCCCAUCCUGCCCUCGGGCUCCUCCAUGUCCAGUCAGCUCACCACUCAGCUCAGCUCUGACUCCAGCCCAGGACAGGCCUCCUCUCUGGGGCUGAGGCCCAGCCAUGACCCCAUGCUCACCUCACCUCCAGCCAGCAGCGCUGCCAAGGGCCUGGAGGACAAUAAGGAUGGUGUGAAAUCCAGUUUGCUGCUCACUUCUGCCUCCAAGAUCGAGCCAAUGAAAGCUUUGGACUCCAGGUUCACAGAGAGAUCAAAGGCCACGCCGGGGGUCACAGCCGCCAUCUCCUCCGCCGCUGGACUCACGCCUCUCGAAAGGCCAAAAGAUGGCAUCUCCGCUCUGAAAGACGUAAAAACCAAAGAAGAUACCAGCAGCGACAGCGAGGACAAGAUGGCCGCCAUCAACAAAAACCUGGCGUUUGGCAAGAGGAAACCAGAGCUGCUGAUAGAUGGAGGAGAAGUGGUGGAGAAGAGGAAGAAGGGACGGCCCAGGAAAGACAAGAUGUCCACUACCAACUCCCAACCCUUCACUCAGAUAACUCCCCCAGCAGAGCGGGAGCCCAGCAAGGUGGCAGCUCCUCCAGCUCCUGUAGCUGUUCUCAAACUACCAACACCAAGUACGAAGAAGGCCUUCAGUCUGCAGGUGAGCAUGGAGCCAUCGGUGUUCCUGGAGGUGGAGAACGAGGUGUCGGUGGUGGCAGGUUCGAAGCUCAGCCAGCUGCGAUGCUCCAGAGACGGACGAGACUGGAACACGCUGCUGCCCAGCUCAGUGGUCACUGCUGCAGGGAGCAGCGACGUCCUGGCCGCCGCCUGCGAGGACAGGAUGUUGUCAGUGUUUUCUUCCUGCGGGCGACGGCUCCUUCCUGCCAUCCAGCUGGGCACACCUGUGUCAGCUCUGCACUGCUCGGCCCACUUCGUCAUGGCUCUGACUGCUGGAGCAACACUCUCCGUCUGGGACGUUCAGAAACAGAAGGCUCUGGUGAAGAACGAGUCCCUGCUGACCAUUUUAUCUGGUGCUGACAUCACAGUGUCUCAGUCUCUGCUGACCCAGCAGGGAGUUCCAGUCAUUGGACUGUCCAACGGGAAGUCCUACUGCUUCAGCCCCUCACUGGAGACAUGGACUCUGAUAGCAGAUAAAGGAGAUUCCCUGGUCCAGUGUGCUGACUUCAGGAGCUGCCUGCCUGCCCACGAUGCACCUGUGUCCUCAGGGCCACUGGCUGUAAUGCAGGGGCGCAACCUCAAUGCUGGGCGGCUGGCGUCGCGCCUGUCAUCCACCCCUCACCACCUGCAGCAGAGCAUGACGUUGGCCUUCCUGGAGAAUCAGCUGGCGUCCGCGCUGACUCUGCAGUCAGCGCAGGAGUAUCGCUACUGGCUGCUCAUCUACGCUCGUUUCCUCGUCAACGAAGGCUCAGAGUUUCGUCUCAGAGAGCUCUGUAAGGAGCUGCUGGGUCCCGUCCACAAAUCUGCAGCCACGGCCUGGGAGCCCACCACUCUGGGUCUGCGGAAGCGGGAGCUGCUGAGGGAGGUUUUGCCCGUCAUCGGGGAAAACCUGCGAUUCCAGAGACUGUUCACCGAGUAUCAGGACCAGCUGGAGCUGCUGCGCAACAAAUAACAGACACAGAGACACGCAGACUGACACAGACACACACUAGGACUCCUCGUGAAACCAGUUUGGAUUGUCCCAGCUCGGCUCGCUUCGGGUAAAUCUGACUGCUUUGAUCCACUUGGGAAGCUUGACGCGCCGUUCUGGCUGAGACCUGAAAAAGGUCCCGAGUGGUUUUCGGAGAACUUUGAUAACAGCCAGUCCACAGUUUUUCAGUGCUGUCGCUCACAGAGGACAAGUGGGUGCCUUUUUUUUUUUUUUUUUUCUUGUCACCAUUUCAGUUUGAACUGCUGUCUUUUGUCUUUUUCCUGCUAAAUGUGUUUUUUCUGACCUAUGCACCUCUCUCCCGCCCUCCUAAUCAUGAACUUAUGAAGAUACACUCAAGAGAGACGGUGAUAGAAAGGCCACAGGUUUGGUUCCUGUUCACUGCCAACGUGCAGCAUCAGCAGCUGUGUGUCCUAUUGAAUCGUUCUCAACUCUCUUUUUUCCUCCUCAGAGAGAGAGAGAGAGAGAGCAGAGGUGAGACGCUCAUAAAAGGCGAAUAGAAAUCAGAACGGAUGUAAAGGAGCAAUAUGCUUGUACCAAAGUGAUGCCUCACACCAGUACCUGCAAGCUGAAGAAGAGGAAGGGCGACUGCACAAAGCUUCGGCUGAUAUUUCGGAAUCUGCCAACAUACUCUCUGUCUUUAUAAGCGACGAUUCCGAUGCCACAGUGUGAAGUCGCAGUAACGUCACAGCGGAAAAGAUUAUUGAAUUUAUAUACUGAAAUACGGGACGGAUUUCUGGGAAAUGGAGUCAGAAGGGAUCUCAGAUAUUCAACUGAUGACAAAAAGGUUUCCUUUUUUGUCACUUUGCGGCCAAUCACAACCCAGACGGAGCAUUCGUGUAAAAGUCAAAGUACACUUUGAGCAGUUUAGAUAUUAGAAAAUGUAUUUGUUCACAACGAGGAAGCACAGCAGCCAAGUUAUUAUUGACUGAAUUUUAAACCAGCCUGGUUUCAGACCUUUCAGUCACUGCCCACAUCUGAUGCCACACCUGAUUUAACAUGAACACCGUGUCAGACUAAAUAACAAAGUAAAAAUCACAAGUCAGUCCAGUUAUCAGCUCAGAAAUCCGUUGUAGAUGUGCAGUAGCGUUGAUUAGUCAGAACAUCUGGAACUGUUGCUGUUUUAGACAUAAGUACAAGCUGUCGAAACUGGACGCCAUUUUUUUUUUAAGUGUUAUACACAGUGUAUCCGUGUUGUGAUAGAGACUCGUUACCUGAACUUCAUCAGCGCCUCUAAAAUCAAAUCAGAUUAUUUUUUUAACACAGUGAAUGCACUUAAAAAGUCACAUUUUUAUUGUGUUAGAUAAAUGAGUUAAGAACUAAACUCAGUUUUCAGUCAGGUAUUAAGCUUUUGUCAGGACAGUUUGGAUUAUAUCUGUAUACCAUAUCGUAGUCUCCUCCUACCGGUCUUCCUUGAAUUAUUAUCUCUACACACGUGUGAACCGACGUUCAACAAAAUCUGAACAGUGACUCCUCGAGUUUAGAGGAGUUCCACUGAGCUGUGUUUUUUCUGGGCUCUUUUAACUCGUACUCUGCAUCGAAGAUUUUCCAAGGUGCGUUGUGAACAUUUAAGUGUGCGAGGUAGUCGGAGACAAAAUACUCUCGUACGUGCUAUAGUUUGACUAACUUAUAACAUAUGAGCAGUUUGAGAUUGUUACAUCGUCUUAUUCUUGAAAUCAUGUGGACAUUUCUCAUAUAUAUAUAUAUAUA